GCCCGCCAGGGAGCAGCAGCGCGUACCAGCAGCGCGUACCGGGCCAGGCGCUGAGCCCCACGUCAGAGCGGAUGCCCCGCCCCGUGACCGUGACCGUGACCGAGGGCUGCGCCAGGGCUGCGGCAGCACGGCAGGAGCGAUGGGGGAGGAAGCGGCGGGGGUGCGGCCCGAGCUGGUGCGCGAGGCGGAGGUCAGCCUGCUAGAGUGCAAGGUGUGCUUCGAGAGGUUCGGCCACCGGCAGCAGCGGCGCCCGCGCAACCUGCCCUGUGGCCACGUGGUCUGCUUGGCCUGCGUGGCCGCCCUCGCGCACCCGCGAUCGCUGGCCCUCGAAUGUCCCUUCUGCCGGCGGGCCUGCCGAGCCUGUGACACCAGCGAUUGCCUGCCGGUGUUGCACCUUCUGGAGCUCCUGGGCUCCACUCUUCACGCGUCCCAGGCCGCCCUCAGCGCUGCCCCCUGCGCGCCCGGGGUGCUCACCUGUCAGCACGCCUUCGGAGGGUGGGGGACCCUGGUGAACCCCACGGGGCUUGCACUGUGCCCCAAGACCGGACGAGUCGUGGUCGUGCACGACGGUAAGAGGCGGGUCAAGAUCUUUGACUCCGGAGGAGGAGGUGCACACCAGUUUGGAGAGAAGGGGGAUGCAGCUCAUGACGUGAAGUACCCACUGGAUGUCGCCGUCACCAACGACUGCCACGUGAUUGUCACCGACGCUGGCGACCGGUCCCUCAAAGUGUUUGAUUUCUUCGGCCAGAUCAAGCUGGUUGUGGGAAAGCAGUUUUCCCUGCCUUGGGGUGUGGAGGUCACCCCUCAGAACCUGGCCCUGGUGACUGACGCAGAGGCAGGGACCUUACACCUGCUGGAAGUAGAUUUCCCCGAAGGGGUCCUUCGGAGGACUGAGAGGUUGCAGGCUCAGCUUUGCAAUCCCCGUGGGGUGGCCGUGUCUUGGCUCACCGGGGCCAUCGCGAUCCUAGAACACCCCUGGCCCUUGGGGACAGCAGGUGACAACACAAGGGUGAAGGUGUUCAACUCUGCCAUGCAGCUGAUUGGCCAGGUGGAUAGCUUCGGGCUGAACCUCCUCUUUCCUUCUAAAAUAACUGUCUCAGCGGUGGCCUUCGACCACCAAGGAAAUGUGAUUGUAGCAGACACCUCUGGGCCAGCCAUCAUAUGCUUGGGGAAACCUGAGGAGUUUCCAGCCUUGAAACCCAUGGUCACUCAUGGUCUCUCUCGUCCCGUGGCCCUGACCUUCACCAAGGAGAAGUCUCUUCUUGUGCUGGACACCGCAUCCCACUCUAUAAAAGUCUUUAAAGGGAUGGAGGGUAACGGAGGGUGAUGGGGUCCCGGGGCCGGGUGUCAUCAGGAGUGAAUUGCACCCUGGAUGGGUCACCAUCACUCAUCCACCCAGGCAGGAGGAAUGGUAUCUGCCUGACAGAAGUACUGGAUGUGAGGCGGUUAUAAAAGACUAAUCAUUAAAUCUGUCCUUUAGUGGAUGUCUAUUCCCAAUGUUAAGAACUUUGCAAAGCUUAGCUCAUUUGCCCCCUAACACACAGUGAUGUAAUUUCUAUUAUUAGUCCCAUUUUAGAGAUGAGAAAGCAGAUGCAGAGAAUUUAAUAUGAUUUCCUCGAGGCAUAGUUACUGGGACAGUCACAAUUAAACUCAAUUCUGACUUCAAACCCCUUGCUCUUAAAUAUGAUGCCAGAUGUUUUAAAAAGUGAGCAUGUCUUAGGUAUGCUCUCCCUACAAGUAACUUAACAACUGGUUAAGUGCAUAAAGAAACAAAAGAAAUGGGUCUCCGUGGAGUUUUCAGGAGAAAAAGGAUUUUGUGUGGGUAUCAUCUGGGAGCUCCCCCAAUGGCAGAAUAGAUGGAUUGUUACCGAUGCCAAGACUUGAACAAGAAACACAGUUGAGCUCUUUCCUUAUAAGGCAAAGGUUGCCUGGUUGGUAGUAUAUGCCAAUAAUCUCAGCACUCGGGAAGGUCUGGAGUUCAAUCCUAUCUACAGCUACCUAGUUUGAAGCUAGGGCUAAAUGACAAUGUCGACAAUUUUUUUUUUUUGUAAAUUGGUGUCAGUGUUUCCUUCUCUACAGGCACGGGGGACAUCCCUGAGUGGUCUGAGCAAAGCCUGUGGAGCCUCUGCCUGCUAGUGCUGCUAGUGGCAUGGACAGAUGAGACCUGUGUUAGUUAGGAGAUGUUGCCCCGGCACAUUCAUGCCAGGAAUGAAUUUGUUUGCUCUGUGGUAAUCUGUGCUGUCUAAUGCGCUUUGUGAUGGAAGUUUUCUCUGUGCACUUUGAAAUAGCAGUCAAACACUGUCUACUCAAUAAACAGUUCCCUUGUCUUUUUA